UUGCGUGGGUUUACUCUCUGUUUUCCCUUCCUCAGUCCAAACACAGGUUAGUUAUGAAAGCUGGCGUCUGUAAAAUGCAGUGUGCGCCCUGCGAUCUCACGGUGUUUUCAUGCAUUGUGUUCUAAGUAUUUUCGGAAUAUUCGCGUCUGCUCACACUGACACAGCUACUUGGAGAUGAUGGCCUAAUUAACUGCUGUAACGGAGUGUUUUCCGCUCCGCAGGAGCGCAGCCCUACCGUCCUGUCUGGCUGCGAACGCAGGCGGCGCGCUUUCCCCGACCGACUCUACUGACUGAGACGCUUUCCGCAACCGCGGCUCUUAUAGUGUUUUUCUCAGUCUCUUUUAGUCUCAAUACACUGAAUUUACAGAUAAAAUCCACUGGCAUUAAUUUGUUAACGGCGGCAAACAUCAUGGAUAGCUCGGAAGAAACGCAGUCUCCUGAGCACGAAGCCAAAGCGACGCCUGAGUUGAAGAAGGGAAUGUCAAUAUUUCUGGAUAUUUUACGAAGGGCGGAUAAAAAUGAUGAUGGCAAGCUGUCUUUUGAUGAGUUCAAGACAUACUUCUCAGAUGGCGUUCUGACUGGAGACGACCUGAAGGAGCUUUUCCACACAAUUGACACCCACAACACAGACAAUGUGGACACGGAUGAAUUGUGCGAAUACUUUUCCCAGCACCUCGGUGAAUACAAGCAUGUACUUGCGGCUUUGGAGGAUUUAAACGUUUCCAUCCUGGAGGCCAUGGACAAAACCAAGAAGGAGUACCUGGGAUCUACUCGCCUGGAGCAGUUUGUCACUCGCUUCCUGCUGAAGGAGACCAGCAGUCAGCUACAGUCGCUGCAGAGCUCACUGGAGUGUGCCGUGGAGGCCACCGCGGAGCAGAUGUACCCGGAAAGGCACAGACUGGCGAAACCGGAGGGGCUGGCUAUCCAGUGCUCAGGGAGGCGAUCAAACAGGAGACUUCAAAGGAAUAACAGCCUUUCUCCAAGCACCCCCCUCCUCAGCAACGCCAAUUCAGGUCUUUACGAAGAGGACAACCGAUGGAUGACUCAGAUCGACAGACUCCAGAAACUCAUUGACCGCUUAGAGACUAAGGAGCUGCGCCUUGAACCUGUCGAAGAGGAAGUUUCGGGAGGGACGACCGAAUCACACAUUCUGAUCGUCCAGCGGCAGCUGCCGGUUCUCGAGGAGGAGAUGGAGGACUUCCGUCUGGCCCUCCGGCAGUAUGUGGAGCGCAGCAGCACCCAGAACGGCUGCCUGCACAUCGUGGUACAGAAGCUUGCUGAUGAAUCCCGCUUCAUAGUCUACGAGUUCUGGGAACGUAGCAGCGUCUGGAAGAACCACCUUCAGGCCAACCACAGUAAGACUUUCCAGAGGUGUAAUGUGGACUUCCUGGAGAGCCCUGAGGUCGUCACCACCAUGCUAGUUCCUGCUUCAUGGUGGGUUCUGAACAAUAACUGACCAGGGCACGGAGGCCAGCCUGUGAUCACGCAAGCCGCCGAAGCUAUCCCUCGUGUCGGUGAACGCCACGAAACAUGAACACGUUGAACCCUUCGUCCAUGCAUCGCGCCCCCUGCUGCUCACGUGAUGAUUUAUCGUGCUAUAUUAUUAGUGUAUGACUCGAUCUAAGACUUUACACAGUGCACCGCGUACAUUUGUUGGUCAGUGCGGUUGUGUCCACGUGCAUAAACAUCUAAGCGGUUUUUGAGAUUAUUUCGUGGAUACAUUUUGCCGUGUAGCACCUUGGCUGUAGUCUAGGAGUUUCGUAGUGAAGCAAACAGCGCCAUUUAGUUGAAUUGUAACAUACGGUCUUCCAAAUUCGUUACACUAAGACCAUCAAGGUGUUGAUUCCCCCGGGGAACGGUCCACUAUUAUAAAUAGCCCACCGAUCAGUUCGCUUUCACGUUGUGUUGUGAAAGGAAUUUCCAGUAGAUGUAGCUUUUCCUGUCAUGGGGUAAAAACAGUGUUUCAAAGCGUCUGCCAGUAUUUUAUUAAAAUAAAAUAUUCAUCCACCUCCAGACUUUAAACUUAAUGAACGCCUGUCUUUCCGCAUUAAGUGCCUGGUGUCCCCAUUCCAUCAUAGCAUCCACAUAAAUGGUACUCUAAGUCUGAGAAGUUGACACCCUAAAUACGUGACUUUCUUCAUCCGUUAUUUAACAAAUGCAUCGUGCGAUACAUAUUGUGAAAGUAACAAUAUUGUGCUACAAGAAAAAAAAAAAACGAUAUAUUGGA